AUGGUCGAAGACACAACCUUGGACAGCUGCACGCCAGAUGGCAAAGAAGAAGCGACCGUCGAAAUUCUCACUGACGACAUCGAGCCUGGCGAGAACGUUCGCGAGCCUGGCAGCGACGUCUCACUAGGCUCUAAGAUCCUCGCAAGAGGCGAUCUGAUCUCCCCCGUCGGUGGAGAGAUCGGCCUGCUAGCCUCAACCGGCACAAAGACCAUCAAGGUCUUCCGCAAACCACGCGUAGGCGUCCUAAGCACGGGCGAUGAGCUGGUGGAACACAACGACCCCCGCCCCCUCACAGGUGGCCAGAUCCGAGACUCAAACCGCCCAUCUCUCAUCUCUUGCCUGACCUCAUGGGGUUUCGAAACCAUCGAUCUAGGAAUCGCUCGCGACACCCCAGCCAGCGAACUAGAACACGCACUCCGCGACUCCCUCCGCGGCGUAGGCCGCGCCUCGUCCAGCGUCGACGUCAUAAUCACGACGGGCGGUGUCUCAAUGGGCGAGCUGGAUCUCCUCAAGCCGACAAUUGAACGCUCCCUCGGCGGCACCAUUCACUUCGGCCGAGUCUCCAUGAAACCAGGAAAACCAACCACCUUCGCGACAAUCCCCUUCAAACCCACCGGCGACGCAGAAGCAGCCUCCUCACAAUCCGAACGCCAAUCGAAACUCAUCUUCUCCCUCCCCGGUAACCCAGCCUCCGCCCUCGUCACUCUCAACCUCUUCGUGCUACCUUCACUGCACAAGCUCACGGGUCUGGGUCAUAGUUCCCAGGCUCUGAGCUCGAGGCCUUGGCUUGCGCCACAGCUUGGUCUUCCGCGUGUUGCGGUUGUCCUAACGCAUCAUUUCCCGCUUGACCCCAAACGCACGGAGUAUCAUCGUGCCGUGGUGACAGCGUCGCGGUCUGAUGGGCGCUUGUAUGCGACUAGUACUGGAGUUGAGGGGGCUGGGCAGCGAAGCUCCAAGGUUGGGAGUCUUGCUAAGGCUAAUGCUUUGGUGGUGUUGCGCAUUGGGAGGGGUGUUGCUAUUAAGGGGGAGAUUGUGGAGGCUUUGUUGAUGGGUGAUGUGCAUGGCUCUGAUACUAGGCUUAUUUGUUAG